AUGAGAUCCUUCGAAUGUGGCGGUGCUCACUUCAAGUGCAAUUUCCCUAAUCUGGUUGAAGUGAAGACGAAGGAAAGAAGAUGCUACAUUUGCAAUAAACCAGGACACUUCGCGAAUAUUUGCCCUAAGAAGAAGUCAGGGAGCAGAUCACAACAACGAAAGGCUUAUGGUGAAAAGCCUCAGGCAGCUGGCCGAGUGUUUGCAUUAUCUAUCGUGGAAGCUACCCGGUCAGGUCUCAACCAGCCUGGUCUAUGGUUGGACGCCAUUAUAGGGAUGGAUUGGUUGAUUGCUAAUCACAUUCUUAUUGACUGCGGGCAACAUAAGGUGGUGUUAGGCGACUGGGUUGGAACUAGGUUCGAUUCAGUCGAUUCUGCAAGUCUUGAAGGAUGGAGCUACCUGUUAUUUGGUGAUAGCUCAAGAGAAAAAGAAGAGUGCCAAAGAGGAGGUAAUAGGGAUACCAGUAGUGGAAGA